GUAGGCCUGGCACUAACUGCACGCCCGGAAAGACUCCAGAGUGAGAAAGAAGAGAAAUUCUCUCACACAAUCUGUACUUGAAAGUGAUGAUUCCUGCAUCAUACUAGCGGUUCCUCCACAAAUACAGCCAUGCCUGACAGAAUAACUGCCAGAGAAUUCGUACAGGAGACGAGAGAGGAUUUAAGCUCUCCUACGACUUCUAAUUUUCUAGCAUCGAUGACUGCAUGCAGAAAUACGGUCAACAUUUUGGAAGAGAGCCUUGAUAGUGAUAAAACUGUUCUUUCCAAACUGAAGAAGUCCAUGAAAGCACUGCAUGGAGCUGGGCUAAGUCAUGUGGCUAACCAAGUGGCACAAGCAGAGAGCCUGGACAAACUUGGGUCCCAAGCACUUUCUCGAGAAGCAGACACUGGAAUAGGCACCACAUUCUUGAAGUUUUCUGUCAUGAUGAAGGAGUUAUCCUCACUCAUGAAGGUUCUUUACACCAACUACUAUAAUAUGAUAAUGUUUCCGCUGGACUCACUUCUAAAAGGAGACCUGAAAGAUAUAAAAGGGGAACUACGGAAGCCAUUUGAUAAAGCUUGGAAGGAUUAUGAAACCAAAUGCUCAAAAAUUGAGAAGGAAAAAAAGAAAAUUGCUCAAGAAGCUGGACUGAUUAGAACAGAAGUUGCAGGAAGUGAGAUGGCAGAGGAAACAGAACGAGAAAGAAGAGUCUUUCAGCUUCAAAUGUGUGAGCUGCUUAUAAAAGUUAAUGAGAUCCAAGUAAAAAAGGGAGUUGACGUUGCACAGCACCUUGUCGAGUUCUACCACGCCCAGAUACAGUAUUUCCAGGAAAGCCUACAGGUCCUUGAUGGACUGAGAGGAUAUGUCGAGGAGCUGAUGAGUGAACUACAAAAGCUGCGCUCCAAGCAGGAUGAAGAGCGAAAAGAACUCGUGGACAUGAGGGGUGAGAUCAAGGCCUUCCUGCAAGUGGACAAAGAGCCUCCCAAGGGUUCAUAUAGCUUACAUGGUCAACAAGGGGACUUAAUUCAUGGCACAGAAAAAGCAGGAUACCUAAUGAAGAGAAGCGAAGGACUUCGCAAGAUGUGGCAGAAGCGCUACUGCAGCAUACGUGAUGGACACUUCACCCUGGCACACUCACCGACGACUCCACCUACACAAAAAUUAAACCUUCUUCUCUGUCAAGUAAAGGAGGAAGGAGAGGGGAAGAAACACAACUUUUCCAUCGUUUCUCACAACAGAACGUUUCUCUUCCAAGCAGAUGAUGAAGCUGACUUGGAUGCAUGGGUUUCAGUUAUUAGCAAUAGCCGCACCCAGGCCCUCGAGAAAGCGUUCGGUGACAGCGAAAAAAAUGAGCCGGGCGAUGAUAGCUCUGUUGUACAUAAUAUCAAAGAGCUGCGCCUUAGUAUAGUAAAACAAGUUCAGCGGUUACCUGGCAAUGAUACAUGCGCAGACUGUACCUCUAAAGACCCCACAUGGUUGUCGACGAACCUCGGCGUCUUGACGUGUAUCGAGUGUUCAGGAGUUCAUCGCGGGAUGGGUGUGCACGUUUCUAGGGUCCAGUCCAUCACGCUCGAUAAUAUAGGCACCGCUGAACUGCUCCUCGCCAAGGCUAUAGGGAAUGGAGGCUUUAACGAAAUCAUGGAGGCCACUCUAGACAUCAAUCAGAAGCCCACGGCAAGCAGUAAAAUGGACGAGAAGAAAGAGUUUAUUCACGCCAAGUACAUCAAACACCAGUACGCACAGAAAUCGGGAGAAAGCCCCGAGAAGGUGUUGCAGGAGCUGCACCAGGCGGUCAAGUCACGUGAUAUUCUGGCCGUGUUGCAAGGGUUCGGCGAGGGAGUGGACCUGAGUGCGACGCUACCAGGAUCGACGAAAUGGAACACUGCACUUCACGAGGCAGUUGAACAAGAAGACCUUACUUCUCUACACAUCGUCGACUUUCUAGCGCAGAACGGGAAUGACGCAAAUGUUGUGAAUAUGGAAGGGAACACCCCAUUACACUUCGCAGGGCAGGCCGGGAAAACAGAGGUUGCUAAAGUCUUGCUCCGCUCAGGCGCCGCCGAGAGUAUACACAUCGAAAACUCAAACGGUAAAACACCUGUACAGCUAGCAAAGGAAAGCGGUCACAGCGAGACACUUGAGUUGCUGAGGAAAUGCGCUAAGGGCAAACUGACCUUCUGUGAUCACGUGAAAAUCGACUGGGGACUGAACCAGGCCGACGACUUCACGGAUGACGUCAUCGAGUUGACAGACAUCAAAACGAGUCUGAGUGAUGACGAGGCGCUAAAUGAUGUCAGACUUUCUUCCAAGGGAAAGUCUGGUCCCCCUACCCCUCCCCGCCACCGUCGCAAUUUGCCUCCUCGCCCCGUGAGCCAGAUGAUUAUGCCGUCUUCGCGACAGGGUCGUUCCCAGGAGCCAACGAGCAUGAGCUCCUUGCUAGCCGGGCUAAGUCUCCAAAGCAACGAUAGCCACCACGGUCUGGCAAAUUCGCCGUGGACUGGGGACAAGUCGGCAAGUAGUAAUGCCUCGCCGGUGGUCAUGAGACGAAAAGCUCCCGUACCUCCCCGAACGACAGGCGAAACUGUACCGAUAAGUGUCCGACAAAGUGUUGCGUUACCUUCUUCUACGAAUGUCGCUACGGGGAGCACAUUCGGGCAUGGCGUUAAAUCAUGGCAAGACGAAACAAGCCCAUCCGACGUUGCCGAAUCCCCCCCACCCAUCCCCCCAAUAAGAUGCUCCUCUGUCAGUAGGCCAGUCAGGCCAACAGGCCCGCCUCCACCCCCGGUCCCUAAGCCGCAAUUCGACGACACGCCCACCCGUGCCCCACCGCCACCGGACAUGCGGACAAAUCCGGACACGGAGCGUCGACCGCCUCCAUUACCACCCGCACCAAAGAGGGCCCUGGACCUCAAACCCAAUCUUCCGCCCGUACCCACCCAUAAAAGGUCCAAAUCGGACGGAAAGGUCCCGUUUGGGGAGGACAUCGCAGAUAUGGGGAGACCCACGCUGGUAAAGAAGUCAUCUUUCCCCCUGGGAGAGGGGGAGAAGGACGAUUCUAAAGCAUCUCGCCCCGAGCUUCCACCGAGACCCACGGGCUUGAAAAAACCCGCGAACACCGGCCGUGUUAGUAAUGACGUCGGUUUGACCAAGAAUGCCCCGAACAAACCUAAGUCUACGACGUUACCGAGGCCUCCUGUGACACCACCCCCUCCCAGGAGACAAGACUCAGACCCAACAGUCAAAGUUUACCCACCAAACAAAGACGAGCCCUUACCAAAGGUGCAAGAAAACAGCAAAGUUGGCGACACCCCAGCACCGGAAAUACCUCCUCGGAACUACAGCAGCCCGGUCCCCGUGAGCCAGUUCCCGCGCAGAGUUCAGGCGCUGUAUGAUUGCGAGGCUGACAAUGAUGACGAGCUUUCAUUUAUGGAGGGUGACGUCAUUCUCGUCAAAGGCGAAGGUGAAGACGCCGAGUGGUGGCUUGGAGAGCUGGAGAGAAAGCCUGGGAAUAGCGGCGUUUUCCCGAUCAGUUUUGUUCGCGUGCUCUCGGAAUAAUCCCAGAACCCCUCGUCAAUCAACCAAUUUCGUCCACGUUUUCUUGGACAAUUUCCGAGAAAUUCGGACAGCUUCCAAUGCAGAUAACUUCCAGUAACUGCCGCUCGACAAAGCUGUAGUCAAGAUAGAGAUUAUUGCUUCACUAAGUUUGCUGGGAUUCUAUUGUCGCUGGAGAAAUAAUAACAGGGAAUAAAAAUCAGAGUGAAAUAUU